UGUUUCCCUUCUACGAAACCUUCAAAUCUCCCCCUCUCCCACACCCUACCUAGCAUCCCAACACACCCUCAAAUUUUCGAUUUCGGUUCGAUUUAACCAGACAUGAAAGGCAAACCACACAACCCUUUCAAUCUCAAGACAAUCUUGAUAUGUCUCUUCUUCCUUCUCUUCCUCUUCCUGAUCCUCCGAUCAACUUUCCCCUACCCCCAACACACCUCUCUCCGAACUCCGUCCAUCCUCCACCCCUCGAACGCCUCGGAGGGCUGCCCCUCUCUCUCCAACUCCCCACCAACAUGCACCAAAAUCCCACCUUCCCUAUCCCACGCAUUACUCCACUAUGCCACCCUAAACUUCACCCCACAACAAACAUUCAAAGAAAUCUCCAUUUCCCUCCACAUCCUCCAAAAAAAAUCCCCAUGCAACUUCCUAGUCUUCGGAUUGGGCCACGACAGCUUGAUGUGGACAGCCCUCAACCACAACGGCCGGACCGUUUUCCUAGAAGAGGACAAAGAGUGGAUCGCGCAAAUCAAGGCACAGAUCCCUUCCCUCGAGGCCUACCACGUGGCCUACGACACAAAAGUGGCCCAGGCCGACGAGCUUCUCGAGGUGGCCUCAAGGGAAGAAUGCAGGGUCGUGAUUGACCCUAGAUUCUCCAAGUGCCAGCUGGCGCUUUCUAAUUUUCCAAGUGAGAUUUACGACGUGGAGUGGGACCUCAUCAUGGUGGACGCCCCGACCGGGUACUUUGAGGGGGCGCCCGGGCGGAUGAGCGCGAUCUACACGGCCGGAUUGAUGGCGAGGAAUCGAGAGAGCGGGGAGAGUGAUGUCUUUGUGCAUGACGUGGAUAGGGUUGUGGAGGAUAGGUUUUCAAAGGCAUUGUUGUGUGAGGGCUACAUGGUUGAGCAAGAAGGGAGAAUUAGGCACUUCAAUAUCCCUAGUCAUAGGAUUAGUCCCAGUAGACCUUUUUGUCCAUAGAUAUUUUAAAAAAUAAUGCAUGCUUCCUAUAUUUCAUGACCAUUUAUUUUAUUAUUGAAAAUUGAAGAUUCA